UAGUCAGGUGUCAUUCUUGUAUGGACGUGCGUUAUUGUUAACUAGGUUGUGAGUUCGUUGCAUAAAAUACAUUACCGGCAUAUAUAAUUUUAAGAUUGUUUGUAAUUAGAUUAAAAAAUGCAACAUACACUUUCAAAAUUCUUUGCAACGAACUUGCGACCUUCAAAUGUAAAUGGAUGUCGAACACGAAUUUUUGAUGUUCUACAACAAAGAUGUUACUCGGCUACCCAAGACGCUGAUAUCGUUGUCAUUGGGUCAGGUCCAGGGGGAUAUGUGGCCGCAAUUAAGGCUGCCCAGAUGGGCAUGAAGACUGUAUGUGUGGAGAAAGAUCCGACUUUUGGUGGAACUUGUUUAAAUGUAGGAUGUAUUCCUUCUAAAGCACUUUUAAAUAAUUCCCAUUAUUAUCACAUGGCUCAUUCUGAUGAUUUUAAAUCACGGGGCAUUAUUGUUAGUGAUGUUAAAAUGGAUGUUGGUAAAUUUAUGGAAGCAAAAGCUAAUGCAGUAAAAGCUUUAACAGGUGGGAUUGCUAUGUUAUUUACAAAGAAUAAAGUAAAACCAAUAAAAGGCCAUGGUAAAAUAACAGGAAAAAAUCAGGUGACUGUUCUAAAAGAAGGAGGUGGUCAAGAAGUAGUUAACACCAAAAAUAUUCUCAUUGCAACUGGAUCAGAAGUUACUCCAUUUCCAGGCAUACAAAUUGAUGAAGAAACUAUUGUGUCAUCUACAGGAGCUCUUUCAUUAAAACAAGUCCCUAAAAGAAUGGUAGUUAUUGGAGCAGGAGUUAUUGGUUUAGAAUUGGGCUCUGUGUGGUCUCGAUUGGGCUCUCAAGUAACAGCUGUAGAAUUUAUUGGAAGCAUUGGAGGUGUUGGAAUAGAUGGUGAAGUAUCAAAGACAUUUCAAAAAGUGUUGGCAAAACAGGGUUUACAAUUCAAAUUGAAUACCAAAGUUACUGGCGCUGAAAAAAGUGGCGGAGUUAUUAAAGUAAAUGUAGAAGAUGCAAAAAGUCCUGACAAGAAAGAAGUGUUGGAAUGUGAAGUUUUGUUGGUUUCAAUUGGAAGAAGGCCUUACACUCAGAAUUUAGGAUUGGAGGAAAUGGGCAUUGAAAGGGACAACAGAGGCAGGAUACCUGUUAAUUCACAUUUUCAAACAGUUGUACCUGGCAUUUAUGCCAUUGGGGACUGUAUACAUGGGCCAAUGUUGGCACACAAAGCAGAAGAUGAAGGUAUAAUAUGUGUGGAAGGAAUUAAUGGAGGUCAUGUACACAUCGAUUACAACUGUGUGCCGUCAGUCAUUUAUACUCAUCCGGAAGUGGGCUGGGUGGGCAAGUCGGAAGAAGAUUUGAAAAAAGAAGGAGUUGCCUAUAAAGUUGGUAAAUUCCCGUUCUUGGCAAAUUCCCGUGCGAAAACAAACAACGAUAGUGAAGGAUUUUGCAAAGUCCUUUCAGACAAAACGACAGAUCGCAUCCUUGGUACUCAUAUAAUCGGCCCUUCGGCCGGAGAACUCAUUAACGAGGCUGUUUUGGCACAAGAAUAUGGAGCAUCAGCAGAAGAUGUUGCCCGUGUAUGCCACGCUCAUCCCACAUGUGCAGAAGCGUUGAGAGAAGCGAACAUGAUGGCUUAUCUCGGAAAAACAAUUAAUUUCUAAGUUGUUAUCUCAUUAAUUUGUUAUUUUUAAAAUCAUAUUUUGUACAGAAUUUUAAUGUUAUUAUUUUUAAUUGUAAAUUGCGUUUUAUUUGUCUGCCUAGAUUUAAUUAAGUAAGUAGAUUAAAUAUUCUCCUUUAUAAAAAAGGCAGUAAAAAUUUUUGGAGGCAAUAAAUACACACAUUCGACUCAU